GAUUGUAUGUGUGGCCUGAAACCGGCCCCCAUACUGCCCUCCAGGACCUAAGAUGGGAGAGAAGAAAUGAAAUCAUGAGCAGGCUUUGAGUAAACAGCAUCUCCAGGAACUGGCUGCUCUUCCCUGGUUGUAUUUUCUCCUUGACCUUGAACAGGCAGGCGAAGUGGAGACGCAGGACUUUCCCGCGCUGGACAGGGCGUGGCCGCGGUGGCCUGGCCCUGCCCUCCCCGUUCGGCCCCGCCCCCUCAGGUUGAUGGCAGCAGCAGCUGGGACUGCAGCGGAGCCGGCAGCUGAGAGCCGCAGGCAGCGGCCGGAACGCGCGACCCAGUGCCUGGCCCCGGACGCCUCCCUCGGCCCCCCGCGUACCCCGGCCCACUCCGCAGAGGAGUCGCUGCGAGAGCACCCCCGCCCGGCUUAGGACCAGUUCACAGGAUUAAGGACCAACGUGCCUCUAGGCUCUGAUAUCCCCUAGCUUUGCUCCAGCCAUGAGCCGGCGAGUGGUUCGGCAAAGCAAGUUCCGCCAUGUGUUUGGGCAGGCAGCAAAGGCCGACCAGGCCUAUGAGGACAUCCGGGUAUCCAAGGUCACAUGGGACAGUGCCUUCUGUGCCGUCAACCCCAAAUUUCUGGCCAUUAUUGUGGAGGCUGGAGGUGGAGGUGCCUUCAUUGUCCUGCCUCUGGCCAAGACAGGGCGAGUGGAUAAGAACUACCCACUGGUCACUGGGCACACUGGCCCUGUACUGGACAUUGAUUGGUGCCCACACAAUGACAACGUCAUCGCCAGUGCCUCAGACGACACCACUGUCAUGGUGUGGCAGAUUCCAGACUACACCCCCGUGCGCAAUAUCACUGAGCCUGUCAUCACACUUGAGGGCCACUCCAAGCGCGUGGGCAUCCUCUCUUGGCACCCCACUGCCAGGAAUGUCCUGCUCAGUGCAGGUGGUGAUAAUGUGAUCAUCAUCUGGAAUGUGGGCACUGGAGAGGUACUGCUGAGCCUAGACGACAUACACCCUGACGUCAUCCACAGUGUGUGUUGGAACAGCAAUGGUAGCCUGCUAGCCACUACCUGCAAGGACAAGACCCUGCGAAUCAUUGACCCCCGGAAGAGUCAAGUGGUUGCGGAGCGAGCCCGGCCUCACGAGGGCGCCCGCCCGCUGCGGGCCGUCUUCACCGCAGACGGGAAGCUGCUCAGCACCGGCUUCAGCAGGAUGAGUGAGCGGCAACUCGCACUCUGGGACCCGAACAAUUUUGAAGAGCCAGUGGCCCUGCAGGAGAUGGACACAAGCAACGGGGUGCUACUGCCAUUCUAUGAUCCUGACUCCAGCAUUGUCUACUUGUGCGGCAAGGGUGACAGCAGCAUUCGGUACUUUGAAAUUACAGACGAACCACCUUUUGUGCAUUACCUGAACACUUUCAGCAGCAAAGAGCCGCAACGGGGCAUGGGUUUCAUGCCCAAGCGGGGACUGGACGUCAGCAAAUGCGAAAUCGCCAGGUUCUACAAGUUACAUGAACGAAAGUGUGAACCCAUCGUCAUGACUGUACCUCGAAAGUCCGACCUGUUCCAGGAUGACCUAUACCCAGACACGCCUGGCCCUGAGCCAGCCCUGGAAGCAGAUGAGUGGCUAUCAGGUCAGGACGCAGAACCUGUACUUAUUUCGCUAAAGGAAGGCUACGUACCCCCCAAACACCGCGAGCUCCGGAUCACCAAGCGCAACAUCCUAGAUGUGCGUCCACCAGCCGGUCCCCGGCGCAGCCAGUCAGCCAGCGAAGCCCCCUUGUCGCAGCAGCACACCCUGGAGACACUGCUGGAGGAGAUCAAGGCCCUUCGGGAGCGGGUGCAAGCCCAGGAGGAGCGCAUCACGGCUUUGGAAAACAUGCUGUGUGAGCUGGUGGAUGGCACGGACUAGCGCUGCAUAUGUGCUGCAAAGCUCUGCACGCUGCAGACCCAAUGGAGCAGGGCGCACAGACUGGCAGCACCGGCUUUUGGUCUGGGACUCCGAACCCUGCUUCCUAGGGUUGGGGUUAGGGGUGAGACCAGAAAACAAACUCUGUCCCUUACAGGAGACCUGGACACACGGAUCUUAAGUGGCAAGGACUAAGCUCCUACUAGGUCCCCAACUUUACGGGAUCCGUCCUAGAGGGAGCCUGGGAUACUGCUGGCCUUAGCGAUGGUGCUUAGUGGUGAGGUGGUGUCCCUCUCUGUCCCUUACCGUAGGCAGGGGAAGUGCUUAGUAUUAGUGUGCUGCCUGGGGGUACUGACCAGCUUGGGCUUGACCUCAAAUGGAUGGAGAGUCAACAGGUAUUCCCGAAUCUCAGGAAAUCCCCACAUUUACCCUAACAAGCUCACUCAAUUUCCCCCCAUAGUAUGUGGGGGCAAACGGGCAGCCCUCCGUUUCUGUGGCUGGUAGAGCCUGACCCACUAGCUUCAUCCAUCCAUCUAUAGCAGAGGGCUCCCCACUUCUUUGGCAGCUUCUUGGAGACAGACAAACCCCACCAGAGAAAUCUCAGGAGUACUGGCAUAAGGAAGCAGGUCUUACACACACACACACACACACACACACACACACACACACACACACCACUGCCUCCAGCUUUCUGCUGAAUCUGUAAAAAUUCUGAGGCAUAAUUAAUGAAAUGUUUUACUAAAUACAAGUCUGUGCCUCCUGCAUGGAUGGCUGGGGACUCCCCCAUUCCCUUUUUGGAAUCCUGGGGACCCUAGCAAAUGCAAGCUGGGCAGCCUCUUACCCUAGAUCAGCCAUCUUGGCAUUGAGGUUCCAGAGACCCCGCUUCCCACCCACCUAGGCACUCCUUCCCAAUAAAGUUAGGUAGAAAAGCAUCUGGUUUGAAACCUCUUUAUUUUGUGCCUCAGAAUCAGUCUGGUGCCCCUGGCAUCAGGGAAGGGAAUAGGAAGAACAGCUUUGCUCUUUUCUUGUCCCCUUUGUCCCCUUCCGGCCCCUGGCAGAGAAGCCAGCCAGAAGGUGGCCCCAGGAAAAGGGUGUGCGCGGGCCCUGCCCAGGGGACUGCCUGUGCUUCUUAGGUGGGUAGAGCAGAACAGGGAGAGCCGGGGUUAGCACCAUUGGAUAAAGGGUGUUAGUCGGCCCCUGAAUGGGGGCAAGAGGGGUGCACAACCACAGAGGGCUAGCAGCAGCUGGUAGGAAGGGGUGGGUGGUGAUAGUGGUGCCAGGGCCCCGAUCAAUGCCUUUGUGUCGGGUCUAAAACGCUUGCCCCCAAGCCAAUAUGCUGCCCUACUCCCCAAGGCACCAUGAGGGUACCAGGCCUUGCCCAGAUUAGAGGGGCACCUUAAACACACUCCCUGAUCACAAUAAAAACGUGCUGCGGGCA